UAUCCAAUAUGGCGCCGUGGGGACGUUGUUAUUGUUCCGUCACUCCUGGAAGCUUGGCAUAAGUAUCACGAAAAAGCCGGCCGGGUGCAUUUUUGUGGGCAUGAAAGCUGAAUUUGGAGACCAUGUUGAGGUCCACCGGCUUCUUCCGAGGGAUUGAAUGCCCGUUUGACGCGGAGAACAGCGAGGGAAACGGCGUCCGGAAUGGGUGUAACAGACCGCACUGUCUCUUCAGACACAGCCGUGGGAGUCGGUCCAACGGAGCCCAGGCCCACCAGGGGACGAGAGACCUCCACUCCACUCGCACAGAGCAAGGCUAUGACCCUUUCCACCCUGAAGUCAGGAGUGAGCAUGGGCACCAGAACGGCGAGCCACCAGGACACCUCAGUGGAGAACUGGACAUGGUCAACAAGGCCAUUGAGGAGGUCCGUUUUGAGAUGGAAAGGGAUAAGAGGAAGCUCUCACGUAUUGGUGAUGAACCCUAUGAUCCCAGUCAGAGUGCCCUUGCGUCUUUGGUGGGCUCUGCCGAAAGCAGAGCCGCAGGUUCACACUUGGCCUAUGAUCCUGGAAGUUACAAAAUCACAACAGCAGGGUACAAUCCUACCCCCAGCUGCAGCAAAUAUACGAUGGAUUCAAACACUCAAGGCUACGACUCCAUGGAGUACGACCCAAUGUCUAAUUACUCAACUAGAGUGUUAGGGAAAAACAAACGAGACAUGAGGUCCCAUCAUGUCAAAUCAAAGAAUCAAAAGACGCUCAAUUCACCACAGACUGAUCCAUUUGAUGACUGUGUUGUAGCUGCGAAAAGUUCUCUGCCGCAGUACACAGCGUUGUUGAUCCCUGUCUCUAGUGAUGAGAGCUCUGACACAGCUUAUCAACCCUCAUCUCUUAAUAACUGCCAGCUGAGAAAAAGCAGUGGUUCGGUUGCAGAGAUUUGCAAGAUGGAAAGGAAAGAGCUGACUGAAAGUCCAUCAAAUGCACUGAUGCAGAGGAAUAAUGGAGACUUGGACACCCAGGACAACUUGAAGCAAGUUGCCAGUGUGGAAAAAAAGAAAAUGGAGAAUCAACUGACAUAUAAGACCAGUGGAAAACAUGAAAAAUUGCAUCAUUCUAAAAAGAGGGUGCAAAAGUUGUCAGACAGUAAGGUUAGCAGCAGCAGCAGCAGUGAAGACAGCAAGACAAAAUGGACCUCAAACAAAGACUCUAUGAAGAAGGAGAACAAGAGUCAUGUGAAGGGAGAGGAUCAGAAAAACACAGUAAAGGUGGGGACAUAUGAUGUUAAGAGGGAAGGAAGAGACACCAAGGGAACUGAAGAUAAGGUUCAAAAGCCUAAAAAAGUUAAAACAAAUGGGAAACGGGAUAGAGACACAGAAAAUGAUGUAAUAAAAAGUAAAAAAAUAAAGGAACACCACAAAGAUAAAGACAAAAAUGGUAAGCUUGAAAGUGGUAAAAGAAGAAAAGUUGAGAAGAAAUUUAGUAAAGGCAGUCUUAGUAGUGGGACUUUAGCAACCUCUAAAGACAUACAGAAGCAAAGCAGUAGUUCAGCUGUGAGGAGACUUAAUAAGAAAAGUCUGAGUCUCAGCCAUGCCGAUCUCUUUGGGGAUGAGAGUCCAGACGAGUCCGACCCAAUAAUGGAUGUUGACAAUGCCAAGGAGGUUCUGGAGGGACAAUCCCCCAGAGCGACAAAGAGGCUGAACAAGAGCACAGCCGCCAAAAGGACUCAGUCGUCUUCUGAGGACAAGGGCCAUAUUGGGUCGGACUUUGACAACAGUGUGUUUGACACCGGCUUUCUCAUGGAGGAUUUGGACUUUACAUCCGACCCCAUAGAGGAAUGUCUGAGGAUCUUCAAUGAAUCCAACGAUGUCAAGCGAGAAGACAAGGGGCGACAAGCUAAACAGGCCUCGAGUAAUGAGGAUGUGAAGAGCACAGAGAGCACUUUAACCACUCUCUUUCCUGGUCAGAAGAGGAGAGUGUCCCAUUGUGUUUCCAAAGGAAAUACCGAGACACCUUCUCAGCCUGUAGUUCAGCCAACUAAGAGACCUUCUGCUCAAGAGGUCUGCUAUCAGCGGAUACAGAAGGCACAGCAGCAAGCUGCUAAACUGAUGGCGUCAGGCAAUGCUCCCUCAGAGGGCUUGAAAUACGAUUCCCCCGGAAGAAAAAAGAGAGUAGCGCUUAUUCCUAGCUCGCAGAUGACAUCCCCUCAAACAAGUUCUGCCAGACCUGCUGCUAGUCCACAAUCUGGUAAUUCUGACUCUGGAACAACACUCAAGUCCCAAACCACAGCUGGUAUUUUGUCCAAGACCUCGUCCACUGUCAAGCCAAAGAGGGUGGCUCACACGCCGACCAUGAAGAGUACUUCACUGAGGCGCCCCGUCAUCCCGUCUGAGUUCGGAGCUAAAGUUCCCACCAACAUCCGCCAGCGCUACCUUAACGAGUUCAUAGACGAAUGUGUGAAAUUCUGCUCUUCAGAGGAUGCCGCUCACAGCAUGGCUCUUGAUGAAGAGAAACUGGUGUAUGAUCGCAGUAACUCGAAGAAGAUCUACCUCAACCUCGCUGUGAACACGCUGAAGAAGCUUCGCAACCAGAGCAGCUCGACUUCACCGCCUGCCACCAACUCUCCAGGGUACUAUUCUAAAAAGAAGCCACAGUCCCACCAAGACGUCCUGGGAGGUCGACUCGCUGCCACAACCAGCUUCACCCUCAACAGAAGAGGCAAACAGCAGGAGGAGAGACUCGAAGGAGCGGCUCUGUACAGAAAGCUGAAGGCAUACCUGAUGACCAAGGAGCAGCUCCAGGAGCACGGAUACCCAAGGCAGAACCCCGAGGCUCCAGGCCGGGCCAUCAUCAACGUCACGGCCAAAAAGGUCGCCUUGGACCCCUUCACAAAGAUCUGCUGCCGAUGUGGCGCCGAGUACAAGAUCACCUCCACUGGUAGCUAUGCCCGGAAAGAGGAAUGCAGUUACCACUGGGGACGUUUACAGCCACGUAAAGUUGCUGGAGGAUGGGAAAGAAUCUACAGCUGCUGCUCUGCUGGUGUGGGCGACCCAGGCUGCCAGAUCGCACGGCAACAUGUUCAAGAUGGCCGAAAAGAGUCACUGGACGGCUAUGUGUCGACGUUUAGCAAACCUUUGCCAGCAGAUGGAAAUGGAGGCGUAUUUGCACUGGACUGCGAGAUGUGUUACACCAUGCAGGGUCUGGAGUUGACGAGGGUCACGGUCAUCAACUCAGAACUGAAAGUCAUCUAUGACACGUUCGUCAAACCUGAAAAUAAAGUAUUGGAUUAUAACACAAGAUUUUCAGGAAUAACCAAGGAGGACUUGAAGAACACGACCAUCAAUCUGAGAGACGUGCAGGCGGUUCUGCUCAGCAUGUUCAGCGCUGAAUCCAUCCUCAUGGGACACAGUUUGGAAAGCGACUUGUUGGCUCUGAAGCUCAUCCACAGUACGAUUGUAGACACGGCGAUUGUCUUUCCUCACCGCCUUGGUCUGCCCUACAAGCGUGCACUGAAGAAUCUGAUGGCUGACUAUCUGAAGCGUAUCAUCCAGGACGAUGUGGGGGGCCAUGACUCCAGCGAAGAUGCAUCAGCCUGCAUGGAGCUGAUGAUCUGGAAAAUCAAGGAGGAUGCAAAAGUGAAAAUAUGAUCAAUAAAUUUUCUCCCUUCAGUUGGACCACCUGCCUAUUAAGAAGAAAUAGUUAAAUUUCGUGUGUGUUUUUUUAUGUAUGUUCUUUUUUUAAUAAAGUAUGCAUUUAAAAGUC